UAAUGUGCUUUGUUGUGACCAAGUCCUUCCUGCUGACCUGCUGUUUGCCCAUCUUUCUGAUGGGCAUGAGGUACUACUUCAGUAGAAAAGUUAUCCUGCACUAUCUCGAUUGUGCGCUGCACACGGACAUGUCCGAUAUUGAGCAAUAUUACAUGAAACCGCCAGGCUCCUGCUUCUGGGUUGCUGUCCUGGACGGCAAUGUGGUGGGGAUCGUGGCCGCGCGGGGCAACGAGGAGGACAACACGGUGGAGCUGCGGCGCAUGUCCGUGGAUUCCAACUACCGCGGCAAAGGCAUCGCCAAGGCCCUGGGCCGCAAGGUGCUGGAGUUCGCCAUGCUCAACAACUACUCCUCCGUCGUGCUGGGAACCACGGCUGUGAAGAUGGCAGCCCACAAGCUCUACGAGUCCUUGGGCUUCAAGCACGUGGGUGUCGUCGAACAUUACGCCCUGCCAGGGAUGACGCGCUCCUUACUGGAGAGAAUGUUUUUCCAGGUCCGCUACCACCGCUACCGCCUGCAGCUGCGGGAAGAAUAAAAAAAAACCCCACCAACCAAAACAAAACAAAAAAGUAUUUUUUCCCCCCUUCCUCCCCCUUCAAAAAUAAUAAAUUAUCCUUCUAUUUCUCAUCACCAUUGAUUUGCCAAUUUUGGGUUAGAGUUUUUGUACCCUCACGUCACAUUUUGGUUUGCUCCGUUCAGCUCGAUGGGCCGGCCGAGCAGCGCCCCUUCCUCGCAUGCUGUAGGUGGUGGUGCUGGGAGUCCUGCGACCCAGCGGGGCGGAGCAGCGGCCUCUCCUUCCCAAGUACCUCUGUAAAGCACAGAAACUUACUGCAAAAUAGUACAACUGCUCUGGUGUACAUAGUCCUCUCCUUUUCCAGGUGUAAGAUAACAUAGUGAUGCAUUCAUAAUAGUGCAGAAAUAUUACUUGAAUGCAGUUUUCAGUAUUUCACGCACCAGUAAGUAGAAUAUGCAUUCCUCUUACCGUAACCUACUGGUUAAUAGAGAAAAGGUGGGGGGUGCACCCUGCCCCUCCGCCCCAACCCGCUUGCUACAAUGCAUGAAGAGGGAAGCGCACGCACUCAAACACAUCGCACUGCCACCAUGGCACUGGUGUUGCACUUUUUUUGGAUGUGCCUCAUUCUGCCAAAUGUGUGAGAGACCCCGGGUGCAUCCGUAACCACGACUCCGCUCCAGCUCCCCCUCCUUCCUAAGCCAGCACAGACUCGGACCGGCUGAACUGAGCCCCAUUGUACCAUAGUGUGAAGUUAAAAUCAAACCUAAGCAUCUCCUGCGCUGUUCCGUAGCCACGCGUAACCUGCAGUCCUGGGCCAGACUCCGCAUGUGCGUUGGACUUUCUCUUUGCUGCCUUUUGGGGUUUUUGUUUUGUUUGUUUUCAUCUUAUUUUUAAGGGGCUUUUUUUGUUGUUGUUGUUAUUUUUAGUUUUGGCUUUUGCUGAAUGGUGUCGUUGAGGCGUAAUGGAGGCUGCAGUUCCUAUGGCAACACAUUUGCACAUUAAUGUGCGCACCAAAUCUCACCACUUCAGAGAAGCAACGUGUGACAGAUAAUAGCAUUUUGGGGAGCACCAGGGUGGGGGGGAGCGUACUUAUUAUCUUAACCAGCUGCUUGUUUGAUAAAUGUAGAUGGCCUCACUGCAGCCUUCCAUCAAAGGUAAUUAACUGCUUUAAUGAUGUCAGAUUUGUGAAUUGUACAAUGCAAAAAGCAAUGCAAAGCAGAUUCGGCAUGUGUCUGUACCCGGUAUGUAUGUACAGUGCCUGCCAACUAAAGAAUAACCAAGACUACAGCUUCUUCUAGCCUGAGAUAUCAACUUUUAUAACUUAUUUAAACAAAUAGCAACUUUGCAUGAAUUACAUCUUGGGGAAAAAGAAGACUGGUAGGUUUUAAUUUUUAAAGCGUGGUAUCAGAGGUAUUACAGAAAACCAUUUCUGGCUGCACUUAAUUUCAGGUGGGUAGAGGGGUUUGGCUCUGCUAAUACAUUGAAAGGGAAAACCCCUUUAUUUACUGGGAAAAACAAUUGUAAUUUUAUGAAGUAUUAUGUGUGUGGUGAGGGGGGAACCCCCCAACUCACCGUGAUGAAAUUGGUGAAGGGGUAGAGCAUGUGUUAACCACGCUUGUGAAUACAAUGGAAGAGUCAGCAGGAGAGCUGCAGAAGGAAGGAGCCUUGGGGUGUGGGGAGAGGACAGGAGCCCUGGGGCACAUGGGGAGACAGACAGCACAGACCUUGGACAUGGGGUGCUGUCUGUCCCCCUCCUACCCGGAGCUGCCCUUUCCUCUCCAGCCAGAGGCCUUCCCAGCACUGAGAUGUGGCUGGGGGCGCUGAUGGAGAGCAGGGGGCUCAGCCCAUCCCUGCCAGGGCCAUGGGCCAGGCACUGGUGCUGGGGAUGGAGUAGCCAUUUGGCACAACCCCAGCUGCCCUCUCAUUGCUUGGUUUGGGCUGGGUCCAGCCUGUGAGGAGUGGAGGGGCAGAGUCCCAGCGUGUGUUCCAGCAAUAAGGGCGUAAUGAGGAUGGUGAAGGACACUGUAGCAAGAGACCAUGAGUUUAAUUAACAAAAUUUCUCUAUGGGGCACUAUAUUUUUAAAAGUCUUUCUAUGCUGUACAUUUCUCCUGAAGCUGAAAUAAUGUACUGUUGGUAGGGGUUCUUGUAUAGUGUACAGAAAUCGGCAGAAUAUUUUCUUGCUGCAUUCAGUGAUUUAUUAACCGAAGUAAAGCAGACAAAUAUGAAAUGUUAGCAAAAGUUGAAAGAAAAAACACAAAAGUUUGUGCCUUUUUUAGUUUAUUUUUCUGUUGCUAUAUAAUCACUGCACUAAAACCUUUCCAGAGGGGUAAAAAAAACAAAAAGCAAAAACAGUCUCUUAAUAAGGGAGGAAUAUGUAAAGUCUAAAUUGAGCAUUAACUUUUUUUAUUAGGCUAUUUAGUUAAACUAAUGUUGCUGGUUUUAUUUGAUACCUGUGCCUUUGAAAUAAAACUCCACAUCCUGUCAGAAAAUCCAAACCUGGAAUAAAUCCCACCAGAUCCCACAGACACAGAAGUACCAUCAGGUUUACCAGUAUUUUCUUCUAAAACGUGUAAAUUUUACCUGAUGAUAUUACAGUAUCUGUAAUACCUGUUGAGUUUCCUGGGGAAGAGGUGCUUUGGGAAGGUGUGGCUUUGGGGGUGCUGUCUGCAUUCCUCCCCAGCACAUGGAAAUGCACUGACAAGGAUUGAGUUGUUGCCACUUGGCCGGUAGCUGCCAAGAAAAUUUAUUCUCUUAAUGCUUCUGCCAGUUGCUUUGUGACCAGGCUUUUUGGAAGAAGUCCAGCUGGUUGCUCCCAGCUCUCCAGCCAGGACAGCUUGUUUCUGAAGGAAAGGGCCGGCUGCCAAAUAGGCUGGGAUUUGCUCUCCUUGGAAGAUGGCGCAGGCUGCCAGAGCUGCAUCCCUGGUGGAAGCAGUGGGACAGGGCUGCUGCCAAGGCUGGCCUUAAAAGCACCACAUGAUGCUGUUGUUCUGUCUGCAUUCAUGGGAAGUUUCCCUGAAUGCCAUAGCUCAGGCACAGCUCUGGGGUCAGGGGUGCUGGGUUCUGCCCAGCCAGGCUCACCUGCUGCCAGGGAAGGGUUGGGCAGACCACAGUGCAGCUCACAGGGUGACACGUGAGGUUGAGCUGCCUUUGGCCGAUCCAUCCCUCCGCUCUGCAUCUUUCAGGUUUUAACAAAGUGCUUAGAAAAGAUCAGCACAGCCCUUUCUCUGAGCAUCUUCUCCUGACUCUCCCCAUCCCAGCUCAGGGCUGGGUGGGUGAGGAGCAGCACAAGGUGGUUGUGGGAUUGCUCCCAAGCAGAUGAGGUGGUGAGUCCUUGAGUCUUGAUUCCAACAGAGACCCACAUCAGUGUGAGAUGGGAGGGGAUUUUCCUGAGUCAGUUUGGAGGUUUCUCUUUCCAAGGACAACAUUGGCAGGAGUGUGUGCAAGAGUGGAGCGUGUCUUGGGUUUGAGCCCAAGGUUGGUAAAUGUGGUGGUUAAGUAAGACCAGUUCAGAUUUAGGUGGAGGAUGCUUUAGACAUGUGAAGGCAUUUCCCACACUGCUCUUACUCCGCAGUGCAGGUGGGCUCUCACAGCCCUCGUGCUUGCCUGCAGAGGUGCAGUUUCCUCACCUGGUCGCUCCCUCCUUAGACUGGGGCUUUUUCUGCUAAUCCCUGUGCACGAGACACUGCUCAAGUGUCCUUUGUUUGGAGGGGCUUGGGACAGAGCCUUUGUUCCCGGCGGAAAGCACUAGGUGUUAUGUCCAAAAAUUAAAAAAAAAAGAAAAUGGGAAAGAAGGGAAAAUUUGCAUUACUGUGGCUGAGAUCCACAGCCUUGGGGUUGUCCCAGCCCUCCAGCACAGCCUGGGCCAUUCCCUGUGGAGUGAGUGGGAACUCCCUCCACAUCCUGAGCAAACUGGCAUCUCAAGCACAUGUCAGAUUUGGCAAUAAGCUCUCUGGGAAGCUUGGCCCCUAAACACAUCCAGUCUGAUAAUGCUAAGCAAUCAAGCCAACAAAGAAAGUGGUUUCUAGUCUGACUUGAAACCCUUGAAUUUGUAUUUGUUGUAAAUUCAUGCUGUGUUUUCCCUCAGUGCAGCAGACAGCCCCUGCAAGAUGCUUAGGAAUGGCACCUGUGUCUCUGCUGGGAGAUGCAGAAAAGUCCAGGGCAUUGCCAUCAGUGGAAAGCUGCUCUUUUCCCUCCCCUCUGUCCCUAGGUGGGGUGCUAUCUCUGAGAAAGCCUUCACCUUUCUCCAGAAGUGAUCCUGCUUUGUGGGGAUGGGUGCAGCCUGCAGGACUCAUUUCAGAAUUGCCUUUCAGCAAAUGCAGGGGGCAAAUGACCCUGGGGACAUCUGUUCCCGGGGCUGGGACCUGGGGUUGUUCUACCCUGUGUUCCUCCCCGUGGCAAAUGAGGAUGAUUCUUCAGGCCAUGCUGUCAGAAUUUGUGUCCCUGGGGAGGGCAGGCAGGACCAAGGGCCAGCAGAGGCUGCUGGGGCUGGGAUGUGCCUGGUGGGGUCCUGGUGCUGCUCACCUGCAGCACGAGCACAAAGGCUUUGGUGCCAGGGCUGUCCUGGGCCCUGUCCUUGCUGUGGCCACCUGGAAGAGCAGAAAGUCCCAUGGUCAGAAUUCCCAAGGGAGCUGUGGCUUUGCAGAACCUUGUCCCAGUCCUUGCUGCUGCUGUUGCUCACUGAUCCACACCCGUGUGUGAUGCAGGUCUGCUGCCUUUUAAUUUGCCAGAUUUGCUGGCUGAGGUGCAAAUGGAUAGAAACUGCAGGGACUUCCAAAUUGCCAAACACACAAAGGCAGGAACCAGCUCUGGUUACCUCUGAAUUAACAAUCUCACUUUGGGUGUGCUGGGGCCUGUGUUUCAUUAGUGCUGGUGUGAUGCUCUUGGUAUGCACUCUACUUAAAGCCUAAUAAAGGCAUUUUAAUUGGACACUAACUGGAGUCUUGCAGUGGAAUAUACUGCACCACAUAAAGAAAAUGAAGUAAUGCUAAAUGUUAAGUAAGCUUUAAAAUGCAAAAGGAAAAUAUUCUUUUUUUUCUCCCUCAAAAUAGAUCCACAUAGAAUCUUGAGGAAAAAUUGGUGUGCUCUUGCAUCCCUCAGUCAUAGAGACUAUGCAACAGAGCUAAUCCCACCCACCAAAACCUGCUACCUGAAUGGUGCUUGGGAGUAUCUUUCAUAGAAAGUAAAUCAGGAGAUUAAUUUGGAUAACUGAGAGUUUAGUCAAAACACAGUAUUGUUUAAAAUAACAAGCUCCAAGUCAGCAUUUGGAGUUUGAUCACAGUUAAAAGUCACUGUUCAGUGCUGUCUUUGUAUUACACAUGGUCACCUGUGGGAGAGAACAUGCUUUUAACAUCUAAAUAGUAGAAGACAGACCUAGUGAGACCAAGAGCAUAACAAAUACAUAAUGCCACUGUAAAUUUAUUUACAAGUAACACAUUUGAAUGCAGAAGCAGCUACUCCUUUGUAAGUGUAAUGAACUUACAGCUAAUAUUGUUUCCAAUUUCUUUUCCUCCAAAGCUUAAUCCUUUUGCCUUGUAAUAUGUAUAUUUGAUUUUUUUAAAUGUAAUUAGGUUUAACAAAGCAUCAGUUGCUUUGUGAGUUGUACUUAUGAUUGUGCUGGGCAGUUAGCUUUAAGCAGUUUGUGUGCUUGUGUUAUUUUAUUAAAGCAAAAGUCUUCUUGAGACAAAUGCAGUAAAGGAAAAAAAUAAUAUUUUUGGUAGUGUUAAGCAGAUGCGUGGUAUGCAUUUGGAAAAUGUCCAAUGUCAGUUAAAAAAAACAAAAACAACAAACAGGCUGAAUUGCUUCCCAGAACUGCUUGUGUUUAAGGCAGUGGCUUACUCACUCAUGUCUAAAUAAGAAACUUGGAUUUCCCCAAACAGCCUCUUACUCUGCAUCUCCUCCCCGUUGUACAAGACCAAUGUGAAAUGAGUCUUGUGUUUUCUAUGUUCAGCAUAGUAUGUACUGUAUCUGUAAUGGGAAGUGGCUACAAGUCCUCAAAGAAAAAUGAACACACUCUAAAACAGCAAUAAUUACCACUGGAAAGCAAAAGAGCACAUGGGGGAGAGCCAGGGAGAUGGUUCAUGAAGGUGAUGCUGUCAGGAGCACACUGUGUGUGUGUUCUGAGGGAUGCUGUUGCACCUGGGGAGCAGGAUGAAGUACAGGGAAGGCCAUCAGUCUCUGGAUCUGGGUGUCACCUUGGCAGAGAACCUGCCUGUGUGGGGUCCCUAGAGCUGGGGCAUUGCCAGCCCUGAUGCAGUGCAGGCUUUUCACCAGGUAAGGGUGAGUUACUGCAAAUACCAUUCCUGGUGGGAGAGACAGACAUCAGGAAAUGCUGUCAGAGUCACACAGAGGAAGGUGAACAUUUACUGCCACAGCCUUGUACCCCAGCAAAUUCUGCUACUGCACUUCUGGGGCUCAGCAAUGGCAGAAAACAGAAUCAGUUGCUUCCAUUUCUGUGGAGGGAAGCAGGAGCCAGCUCGGUUGGAAAGCUCUUUGCAUAGCAUCAAGGUAGCAAUGCAAACCAUUCCCCAGGCGUGGCAGGCGCUAAGGUGGGUACAAGUUAUCCCUUGGUGUGCUUCAGGCUUUGAGCUGCAGCCUCCCCAGCGUGGCCCCGUGCAGCCCCGGGAGCCAGGCAGCUCUCCAGGGCCAGCAGGGUGUCCCCAGGCAGGGACAGCUCUCCAGGGCCAGCAGGGUGUCCCCAGGCAGGGGCAGGCCGGGUGCUCUGCACAAGUGACUUGUAGGUACUUAAGUUCUGUUCCUGAUGGCCGCUGUAACUGUGAAAAUUAACCAGACCUGCUGUGAUAAAUUUGGUUAUAUAAGGUUUAUUUGGUUAAUUUUUUAUAAGUGAAAACUGAAAAGAUGAAAGAGAAUUGUAAUAUGAAAGCAACUGCUGUAAAUAAUGUACGAAUGAAUAAAAUCUAAAACUUAUGUCAGUUUUUUCCUAAA